ACUCACGCUCCGAUAAAGGGAAUGACACUUGUCGUGACCCAGGGAUAGGCUGCAGUCUAUGUCUCAUAUAGGGUAAAGUACUGCUGUCACGUUGAAUAUUCACUGAGAGGGAAUCAUAUGAAAUAAUGUGCCAAUUUCCUCUCUGCGGAGAAAGCGUGCUGUUGAAUGUGGCUCCAGGUAGUGCGAACACCCAAAUGAUGCCACUGUGGAGAGUGAGAAAACUGUGAUUGUAAUCGCAGACAUAGGCGGAGGGAAUCGCCGUGGUGAUUAUUAUUUUUAUGGACGCGCCCGGUGUGUAUGUUUGCGCGUGUCAGUCGUGUAACACAAUCAUGUUAUACAUAGCUCGUAAAUCGAGAGGAGCGCCAGUGCAUCAACUACAUCGAUGUAUUGAUCUACCCUCAUGCCGCUAGAAAGGACGCUCAAUUUGUAUGCAAACACAACGUGCCGCUGUAGCUAGAGGAGCGUCAAGAGAACAGAAGCAAGCAAGCAAUUACAUAUUUGGUUGACAACUAUUGCUGACAACUCACGAAGAUUACCGACAAGGACUAAAUACUUGCUUUUGAAAGUGGAUGAGACUGUCUGCCUGUCAUUCCCGUAGGACCGCAAUAAGUACAGGAGAGACCCGGGAGACAGCGGGCGCCAUGAGGCGGCGAGGAGGGCUUGAGAGAGAGGAGACAUCGUCCUUCAUCAUCCACAGCAUCGGGCAGUGCAGGAAGUGCACACACGCACCACAGAGACGGUCUAGCAAGAGACAGGCUAACGGCACCCGAAUCUGAGCGAGAGAAACCGGAGAGAGUGGCUUCAACAUCCAUUUAUUUAUCCUCAAUGGGCUCAAACUGGAUGGGACCAGACUUGGAAGUGACGAUGUCCAAGUUACCACACCGUUCUAUAUUGGACCCUCCUUGUUAGACCUUUCGAAAUAACUCGCCCACCGCUCUGAGGCUUAGAACUGAGGGGCAGAGAGAGAAAAAGAGAGAAGGAGAGUGAUAGAGGAAGAGAACGAGAGGCACUCUGGGCCCCAUGCAGGCGCGUAAGAAGUAUGUCCUGCUGGGGCUGUGUGCUUGCUGUUGGCUGCUGCUCUUCUACUGGGGAGGCGGGGUCCAGGUCCGUCUCUUCAAGCUACUGGGGCGGCCGAGGGGUGAGGUGGUGCGUCCCUGGCCCAACUGGACCGACCGGGCCUUCCUGCCAGGCUAUGCCCAGCUGGAGGAACUCCAGACGGGGCCGGGUUCCGCCGAGUCCCCCCACCAGCGUCACCAAGCCUGGACGGGCAUCUAUAAAGACAGUCGCUGCCGCAUGGAGACCUGCUUCGACUUUACGAGAUGUCGACGUAGAGGGCGGAAUGGGUUUAGAGUAUACGUCUACCCGUCGGAGAAGGGCGAGCGCGUAUCGGAGAGCUAUCGUAAGAUACUGAUGUCUAUAGGCGAGUCGCGGUACUACACCACGGACCCUCGCGAGGCGUGUCUGUUCGUUUUGGGGAUUGACACUCUGGACCGAGACCAGCUCUCGGGGCAGUUCGUGCCCAACCUGGAUGAUCGUAUCAAAGGUUACCCGCUCUGGAACGAGGGACGGAACCACCUUGUCUUUAAUCUGUACUCUGGGACCUGGCCCAACUACAACGAGGACCUGGGCUUCAAUAUUGGCCAGGCCAUCCUGGCUAAAGCCAGCCUCAACACGGAACACUUCAGGCCCGGGUUCGACGUCUCCAUCCCCCUGUUCUCCAAGGAGCACCCCCAGAAGGGGGGCGAGAGGGGCUGGUUGGUGCGAAACACAGUGCCCCCACGCAGGAAGUACCUGUUGAUGUUCAAAGGGAAGCGGUAUCUAACGGGCAUCGGGUCGGACACCCGUAACGCCCUGCAUCACAUCCAUAACGGGAAGGACAUCGUGUCCCUCACCACAUGCCGUCACGGGAAGGACUGGGAGAAACACAAAGAUGCCCGCUGUAACCAUGACAACCUGGAGUAUGAGAAGUUUGAUUACCAAGAGCUGCUCCACAACUCCACCUUUUGCCUGGUUCCUCGGGGGCGUCGCCUGGGCUCCUUUCGCUUCCUAGAGUCUCUACAGGCGGCAUGUAUUCCAGUGUUGCUCAGUAAUGGUUGGGAGCUGCCCUUCUCUGAUGUCAUCCAGUGGAACCAGGCUGUCAUAGAAGGAGAUGAGCGAUUGCUACUGCAGGUCCCGUCUACAGUGCGCGCGGUGGGAAAUGAGUGGGUCCUGGCUCUGAGGCAGCGCACUCAGAUGCUGUGGGAGGCUUACUUCUCCUCCGUGGACAAGAUAGUCCUCACCACACUGGAGAUAAUCAAAGACCGGGUGUUCUCCCACAUCUCCAGAAAUAAGUACAUGUGGAACGCCUUACCAGGAGGCCUGCUCGUCCUGCCAGAGUACUCCACACACUUGGCCCACUUCCCCUUCUACUACCUGAGCUUAGGGGUCAGUCCAGGUCAAGAGUUCACCGCCAUCAUCCAUGCAGUCUCUCCGUUGGUCUCCCAGUCUCAGCCAAUCAUGAAGCUGCUUCAGGUGGUCUCCAAGUCCAAAUACUGUUCACAGAUCAUCAUCCUGUGGAACAGUGAGAAGCCGCCGCCCCACAGGAGUAAAUGGCCACCCAUGCCUGUCCCCCUCACUGUGACAGACGGUAGGAGGAAGACGAGCAGUCGUUUCCUUCCCAACGUGGCCAUAGAGACAGAGGCAGUACUGAGUCUGGAUGAAGAUACAGUCCUGCUGACCAGUGAGGUGAACUUUGCCUUCAUGGUGUGGAGGAGUUUUCCUGAGCGUAUUGUGGGCUACCCCCCUAGGAGUCACUUCUGGGACCCGGUGAAGCAUGCGUGGGGGUACACCUCCAAGUGGACUAACGAAUACUCCAUCGUUCUGACGGGAGCAGCCUUCUACCACAGGUACUAUCACUACCUGUUCUCCCACUACCUGCCCCCCUCACUACGGGCGCUGGUGGACCGCACUUCCAACUGUGAGGACAUCCUCAUGAACUUCCUGGUUUCCUCCGUCACCCACCUGCCACCAAUCAAAGUGGCCCAGAGGAAGCAGUACAAGGAGCUGCCCAGCCCACAGGUGAGGCGACACCCAUCGAUGGUGAAUUUGACCAAUGAGCUGCCCAGCCCACAGGUGAGGCGACACCCAUCGAUGGUGAAUUUGACCAAUGAGCUGCCCAGCCCACAGGUGAGGCGACACCCAUCGAUGGUGAAUUUGACCAAUGAGCUGCCCAGCCCACAGGGUACGAAGAUGAGCGCUCCGUGGGCCAACCCAGAGCACUUUACCCAGAGACAGGAGUGUGUGAACAGCUUUGCCAGAUGGUUUGGCUACAUGCCCCUGGUCCACUCCCAGUUCCGCCUGGACCCCCUGCUCUUCAAGGACCAGGUGUCUGUCCUGCGCAAGAAGUACAAGGACCUGGAACGUGCAUGACAGGGACCGAGACAGAAACACUGUGUGGAGGCCUGGAGUGGUGGUUAAAUGUAGACAGAGCCUGGUGAUAAGAGGGAGGGGACCUAAAGCUAAGAGAGACUCCGCCUCCAGGGGUCUGAGACAACAGGCUAUUGGAGGAGUAAACAUAUGGAGGAAGCCUUAUGUCCUCGGUGGAAGAUGCCACUCCCAUUGCGGUUUGAAUGGAGUGGAACUUCAUAUCAAAGGAAGGCGCCAAGUGGACAGUUAAUGGUGUAGUGCACUCCAGCUGGUGUAUUUCUACAGUACACCGGCGAGUUGAGAAUGUCGCACAGCGAUUGGUUCAUUCCACGUAACUAUAAGACCAAUAAAAACAGUGCAAACGGCGGAUUUCAAAA